AUGAAUCCCGAGUACGACUAUCUGUUCAAGCUUCUCCUCAUCGGUGACUCCGGUGUUGGAAAGUCUUGUCUGUUGCUGCGAUUCGCCGACGAUACCUAUACCGAGUCCUACAUCUCAACCAUCGGUGUCGACUUUAAAAUCCGGACUAUCGAGCUGGACGGCAAGACGGUGAAGCUGCAGAUUUGGGACACGGCCGGCCAGGAGCGCUUCCGUACCAUCACGUCCUCGUACUACCGUGGUGCCCAUGGCAUCUGUGUCGUCUACGAUGUCACUGACAUGGACUCGUUCAACAACGUCAAGCAGUGGCUGCAGGAGAUUGACAGAUACGCCACCGAGGGCGUCAACAAACUGCUUGUCGGCAACAAGAGCGAUAUGAGCGAGAAGAAAGUCGUCGACUACCAGGUCGCAAAGGAAUUUGCCGACAGCCUCGGCAUCCCCUUCCUCGAGACCUCGGCCAAGAACGCCAACAACGUUGAGCAGGCCUUCCUCACCAUGGCUCGCCAGAUCAAGGAGCGGAUGGGUAGCACGGCCACUAACAACACCAAGCCCAGCGUGCAGGUCGGCGCCGGUCACGGUGUGUCCAACAACUCGAGCGGCGGCUGCUGUUAA